CAUUCCUAUUCGCUCUCCAUAUAUAGUGCUAGUGUUAAGGUCUCCCUUGCUCGAUCUUCUGCUUGCCCAGGGAGACUUCUGCAUCACUCUUGCCUUGCCCUCGAAAAAUGAAAAUUGUCAUGAGAGAUUCAACCUUGGUCCCUCCUUCCAGUGAGACGCCUCGACAUGGGCUAUGGCUCUCAAAUUUGGACCACACAAUGCUCAUGGUUCAUGUCCCGUGCAUCUACUUUUACAGACCAAACGGCAGCAACAACUUCUUCGACAGUAAAGUGAUGAAAGAGUCUUUGGGUAGAGCUCUCGUUCACUUCUAUCCUCUCGCUGGAAGACUACGCCGCCGCGAGGAUGGCCCAUUGGAGAUCGAGUGCAACGGAGGUGGCGUUCUCUUUGUGGAGGCAGAUGCAGAGGGUGAGAUAGAUGAUUUUGGAGACUUUGCUCCCUCCAUGGAGCUCAGGCAGUUGAUCCCUGAAGUUGACUACCAAAAUCAAGACAUCUCCUCCUACCCUCUCCUCAUGCUUCAGGUCACAUUCUUCAAAUGCGGAGGAGUCUGUCUCGGGGUUGCUUUUCAUCAUACGGUGGUCGAUGCAUGUGGGUUCAUACAUUUUAUGAACUCGUGGUCUGAUGUGGCUCGUGGCAGGGAGGUAACUUGCCCCACCCCCCCAAUCACAGAGCGGACCAUCUUAAGGGCAAGGAACCCGCCAAGGCCCGCCUUUGAGCACCCAGUGUUCAAGCCAUCCUUGGCGUCGGAACCCAUUGUACCUGCAAAGGAUUCGUCGGAACAAAAACCCCAAAAUACUCAAUUCACCGGGGCAAUUUUCAGAUUCAGCAGAGACCAACUAGCCAGGCUCAAGGAGAAGGUCAAGGAAGGUGACAAUAGCACUAUCAGGUAUACUACUUUUAACAGUCUGGUUGUGCACAUCUGGAGGUGUGUUACCCUGGCCAGAGGCCUUGAUGAUCAGCAGCAAACCAAGUUAACGGUUUCCGUAGAUGGCCGGAAAAGACUCCGGCCGGAGAUCCCAAACUACUACUUCGGGAAUGUGGUCUACAUUGUGGAUGUGCCACUGGUCUCCAGCGAUCUCAAAUCGCAACCUAUGCAUUAUGCUGCCAGCAAGGUCCACGAUGCAUUGCUGAGGAUGGAUGACGAUUACUUGCGGUCAGCACUCGACUACCUCGAGCUGCACCCUGACCUGAAUGUGGUGGUUGAUAGGGGUGGCCACCAAAAAAGGUCGGGAUUGAGCAUUGCUAGUUGGGGCAGGCUGCCGAUCUACGAUGCUGAUUUUGGGUGGGGAAAACCGAUCUAUAUGGGGACCGUGGUCCUAAGCGUCGAUGGUUUGGGGUACAUUCUGCCUAGCCCUUCCGAUGAUGGCAGCCUUUCAGUUGUCUUCGCCUUGGAAACUGAUGCGAUGAGAUCUCUCGAAAUGUUGAUUUAUGAUAUAUGAAUCUUGCUCCUUGGUUUCCUGGACCUCAUGAAGUCGUCUUUGGAUUGGUACUCUUCCUUAUAUGAAUCUUCCUUCCACAUGAAAAUGAUGUAUCCCUAGCUACUUUUUUCUUAUUUAUGUCCUAUUUGCUUUGCCUAAACUUGUGUGUUUUUCCUCUUCUUCCUGAUUUGAAGUGGAAGAUGCCACGAAUAAAUAAACAGGCUUGAUUUUGUCUUGUCUUUGCAA